AUGAUCGUUUUUGGCAGCAAGGCAGAACCGAUAAUAACAGGGGUUAGGGAAAUCGAUGCCGUUGUGGUUGCCGCUGAACUCGGGGAAGGUAGAAUCGUCGCAAAAAAUGAUACUAACUCAAUUAAGUUUGGGUUUUUGGGUAACUUCAAAAGACUAAUUGAUGUAAGAACGUUGCAAGAGAAAUUUGAUAUCUUGGUGGCGUACGGUAGUACCGAACCUCUCAAUCAUUCUAUUUUCUGUAACUCGCUUGCAUAUGAUUUCGUGAAGAACGGUGGGGCUUUGAUCUACUCGUUUGCACUGUACUGCUGGGAUAACUCAGAUCCGAUAGAAAUGAUGAAUCAGAUUCCCUACGGACACAUUCUUUUAGAGGCUGGCCUCUGUUACUCCAAUACUUUUGCUAAAAUCCAUAAUUCGAUAGAAACAAAUUCCAACAAAGCUGAAAAUGCAAAUCUGCUCAAGUUUUUGAAGAGCAAGCCGACUUUUGAAAGUUUGUUAAGCAAUGAAUCAUUUUUGAAAACCAUUUUUAAAAUUCUAUCAAAGUACGCAAUAGAGGUGAAAAUGGAAUUAGAAAAAAUUUGGAUUGAAACGGAUAAAAAAUUGAAAUCAUUGUUCCAAAAAGGAGAAAUUGAUUGCAAAAAUUUGUACGAACGUCAGGCGGUUGAUGCCUGGCAGCUUUUAGCUGAUCUACAACCUAAUCAACAAUUUAAAGCACCUUACAUCAAUAUUUUUCCUGGCGAUUAUCAAAAUCUACCAAAAUUAGUAGAAAAAUUUGUCGGAUUUUCUUCUGACAAAGAUGAAUAUUUCUUCACGGGGGCAUAUGUAGCUGCUGGUUCGAACGCAACUUUGGAAGUAACCAAGGUAACAGGAAAUUGGAAAGUUAAUAUUGGUGUUCACACCGACAUUUUAUCAAAAGUCAAAAUUUCUCGAUGGCCUAAGAUGGUAAAAGUGGUUGAUAUAAAAAAUACUGGAGUGUUUGAUAUAUUGUCUUACAUUGGAGGUUCGGUUGUGUUUGUCAGUUUAAAGGGAGAUUCAAACAUUGAAGCAAAACUUUCGAAUAUUGUAAUAUCUCCACGCUAUGAUUCUCAAGACAAAUCAUCACAACAAUCAUGGAAUGAAAACAGGAAACAGCAAGGAUUGUGGGCGGAUAUUUCAGGAAAAUAUGUAACGAUUUCGUUGUCGUCAUCAAACGUGAUAAAUUUAAACGACCCAGAUCCAGUGAUAGAGAUAUACGAUAACAUACUCGUACAUUAUUACGACUUGAAGGGUGUCAGCAUCGUUGAAAGCAGGAAAAUGUGGAUUGUAACCGACAGACAAACAUCAAGCGGGUACAUGCAUGCCGGAUACCCAAUCGUAACUCAUUUGGACGUGGCAAACCCAAACAAUACAAAUUUUCUGCUGUGUGAACAAAAAUUGAAAACACAUACCGGUAAUUAUUGGGGAAUAUUUCACGAAAUCGGUCACAAUAUGCAGGAAGAAGACUGGAUGUUUGACGGGUUGAACGAGGUGAUCUGCAACGUUUUUGCGUUGUAUGGCAGUGAAAAGAUUGGAAACACCGAUCCAUGGAAACAUCCAUGGCUAAGAAAUUCCGAUAAAAAAGCAGUAGAACAUUUAAACAACGGCUCAGAUUUUAAUGUUUGGAAAACUAAGCCAGAAAUUGCUUUGUAUGUUUAUGACCAGUUGGUAAAUCUCUGUGGUUGGUCGACUUAUAAAAAGGUUUUUCAACGUUAUCCUUCAUUACCCGAAUCAGAGAAACCGAAAACUAAUAAAGAAAAAAUUGAUAAAUGGUUUACAAUUUUUUCAGAAGAAUGUAACAUGAACUUGUCUCCAUUGGCUCUCUUCUGGGGAAUCCCACUAUCAGAAAAUAUCACGAAAUAUUUGAAGUUUGAAAUUCGACUGCGUUCUGCCAGACGACGACGUCACGCAAAAGAGUCACUCGAGAGUUCAAUUCGUCUCUCAGCGGUUUCCCGGUUUGAAGAGAAAAUUGAAGUUAUAGAGACGGUGAAGCAACGGAAUUUUAAAAAUUUUAUGACUUUUUUAUUGGCUGUGGUUCUGUUGGCGGGUUAA